AUGAAUUAAAGAGUGGAUAAUGUAUAAUGGUAUGAUUUAAUGUAGGAAAUAUACUAGAUUGUUAUAAAAGUUAUUAAUUUAUAAAAUAUAGUAUUUGGGUUGAAAAAUGAAUUAAAUGGAUUUUGUAGAAUGAUAUACUCUAAUUGAGAUAGGUAAACAGAUAAUGGAUUAGUUUAGUUUCGAAUAUGAUAUCAAGUUCUGGAAGGCCAACUGAUUUGAUGUAUUCUAAACAGAGGAUAAAGUAGUAAUUAUGAAAUAUUUAAUCAUUAUAGGGUUAUGGACAAAUAAUAUAUAGGGAAAACAAUGUCGAGGUUUAAACUAAAUGGAGAGAGAGAUAAGAAAUAAAAAAGGAUUGAUAGAAGUACUAUAUGGAUAAAAAAAGGGAAGAGUGAUUAUUUAUGAUAAGGAUGGAUGAAUGAAAUUUUGAUUUUAGAAAUGAAUGAGAGAUUUAAAGGACUAAAUAUAUGGAAUAGGUAUGUUGAAUUUUAUUAAUUCGAGUUAUUAUAAAGGGGAAUUUCGAAAAGGAAUAAUAAAUUGUAGAGGUAUUUACGUUAGUGGAAAUAGAAAGAUUCUGAGUGGAUAUGUAUUAUUUAAUUGAUAAUAAGGUUAUAGUUUGAAGAAAUUAGGAAUAUGAAUUGAA